AUGGCAUUUUAUGAUAUUAUAAAUUAUUUUUAUGAUUCUAAUUCAAAAUUUAAUAGAAUAACUUUAGGAUUCAAAUCACCAACAUUUAUUAAAUGGAGAAUUACUGAUUUCAUUUUAAUAAUUGUUUUAAUUAUAUUAUUUUUUGUUACUUCACAAGCAGAACCUUUCCAUAGACAAUUUUAUUUAAAUGAUAUUACUAUUCAACAUCCAUUUGCUGAACAUGAACGAGUUAAUAAUGUUCAAUUAUUUCUUUAUAGUACAGUGAUCCCUUUAGGAAUAAUUAUAAUUAUUGGAUUAAUUACUACUUUUCCUGUUAAAUAUAAAUUAUAUAAUACUUGGGUUUCAAUUAUUGGAUUAUUAUUAAGUGUAUUAAUUACAUCAUUUGUUACAAAUAUUGUGAAAAAUUGGUUUGGUCGAUUACGUCCAGAUUUUUUGGAUCGUUGUCAACCAGCAAAUGAUACCCCAAAGGAUAAAUUAGUAUCAAUUGAAGUUUGUACUACUAAGGAUUUAAAUCGUUUAGCUGAUGGUUAUAGAACUACUCCUUCGGGUCAUUCAUCAAUUAGUUUUGCUGGAUUAUUUUAUUUAUCAUUAUUUUUAUUGGGUCAAUUACAAGCUAAUAAUUAUAAAACUAGUAGUUGGAGAACUAUGAUUAGUUUUAUUCCUUGGUUAAUGGCUUGUUUAAUUGCUCUUAGUAGAACUCAAGAUUAUCGACAUCAUUUCAUUGAUGUUUUCGUCGGAAGUUGUUUAGGUUUAAUCAUUGCCAUUUGGCAAUAUUUCCGAUUAUUCCCUUGGUUUGGGUUUGGUGGAAACAAUGGUGGUGGCGGUGAUGAUUCAUUUAAUAAUCGAAUUAUGAUUGAAGAAAUUAAAAAGAAUCAAGAGUUGAAACAAGAUGAAAAUAAUUAUAGAAGAAUAUCUGAUGUUUCAAAUAAUGUAUAA